AAACGCCUAGCCCAGCUCAUGGAGGAAGCUCAAGAACGAAUUGCCAUCCUUACACACAAGGUCAACAAUUACACUGGAACAGACUACUCUGGUAUACAAGAGCUCCGUCAGCAGAUAAAGGAGCAAGAGGACGAAGUCAAAGCCAGGAGAGCCGCAAUCGUUGGAGCAAAGCACGCCCUUGAUGCAGCAUUUGCUCAAAAAGCUACGUCGCAAAAGGAAGUGGUCGGACUGCUUGAGCGCAAGCAUUCGUGGUCAGACUCAGAUCUGGAGCGAUAUAUGUCGUUGGUGAGAUCUGAGCACUUAAACGACCAAGCUGUUCAAAAUGCAAAGGACAAGGUAUCUCAAGCAGAGCGAGAUCUAGAGGAGGCGCGAGCCCAAUUGGAAAAGGUCGAGAGGAAGCAGUAUCACGAGGAACAGAUAUGGAGUGAUACAAUUCGACGAAACAGCACGUGGGUUACCUUUGGCCUUAUGGGUUUCAACGUACUAGUACUCCUCGCUUCAAUUGCCUUGCUUGAGCCUUGGAGACGGAAAAGAUUAGUCCGUGAGAUUCGAUCUGCUCUCGAAGAA